UUCUUUUGUUAUUUGAGAUUUUUUUCUGUAGGGUUCGCCUGCGCAAACACUGGGCAUGCUGAGCACUUUCGAUAUGGUAGCAGAAAUGUCCAAGAUAACGAGUGGAAUUCUAUUUAUGGGCCACGUCUCUUAUCUGGAGAACAAACCGAGGUGUGAUGCAAGUGCGGAAAAGAACGGUGUGAUCCAUUUGCACGGAAGACGAAAAAUAUUGAAUUUAUUGUAAAACAUUUCAAGUUCCAACACCUCUACGUCGUGGGCCAGACAGAGUUGGGGGUUGUCAGCCUCAGGCUAUUACACUGUGGGCAAUAGCGGAAGGUGUCUUUAUCCGUCGCUUUCAAUUCUUCCAAAAGCAGGCUAACUCUUCUUUACUGUGUGUAUGCUCACCUGUUUGUGGAGUCAAUGGAAUUCUCAGAACAUAUUAAAACAGCAAACGUUGAAGAUGUUGUGCUGAAACAACCGUUCCACGCGCCGAUGAAAGGGACACUGUGCGUGACUGGCCACCACCUACUUUUCUCUGACAGGAGUGGAGACAGCACCUGGCAACUUCUUUUAUUGCUUAGAAACAUCGAUGCCAUCGAGAAAAGUGUGGAGAACCUGCUGGGAUAUUCCAGCCACAGCCUUAAGACAGGCUCAAAUACCAGGGUGGUGGGAUCCUCUGGCACCAUCACAAUUAAAUGUAAGGACUUAUGCAUUCUUCAGCUGGACAUUCCAGGCAUGGAGGAAUGCCUGAAUGUGGCCAGAUCCAUUGAGGCGCUUUCUUCAUUGGACAAUGUCACAGAAAUGUACCCAUUCUUCUAUAGACCAUCUUGGCUUAGUCUAGAUGACCAAUGGGGCUUAUCAACUCUAGAGAAGCACUAUAAUCAGUUAGGGGCUCUGCAGGUCAAGUGGAGGCUGAGUAAUGUCAACUCGGACUACUCCGUCUGUCCAUCAUAUCCACCCGCUGUCAUCGUGCCUCAGUGUGUAGAUGACCAGAUGCUGGUGAAGGCUGCCCGCUUCAGACAGGGAGGACGCUUCCCAGUGCUCAGCUACUACCAUCAGAAAAAUGGCAUGGUGAUUGUGCGCAGCAGCCAGCCGCUGACGGGGGCCAAUAGGAAACGCUGUAAAGAGGACGAGCUCUUCCUCCAGGCUGUGAUGGACGGGGCAGAAAGAGCUUACGUCAUAGACACCCGCUCUGCCCAGCAAGCCCAACAGGCCAGGAUGACGGGGGGCGGCUUUGAGUCCAAGUCCUGUUAUAACUCAUGGAAGAGACUCCAUCGGCACAUGGAGAGGGGUAAGGUCCUCCAGGAGAGCCUUAUAAAGCUGGUUGAAGCGUGUGGAGACCAGUCUCACAGCAUGGACCGGUGGCUCAGUAAGCUGGAGAACUCCAAGUGGCUCUCCCAUGUCCACAGUGCAUUGUCCACAGCAGGGCUGGUGGCAGAAUGUGUGGAGAGGGAUGGCCACUCUGUCCUGGUCCAUGGUUCUGAAGGCACCGACACCACCCUGUUAGUGUGUAUGUUGGCUCAGCUGAUACUGGACCCAGAGUCUCGCACACUGAAAGGCUUCCUCUGUCUGCUGGAGAGGGAGUGGGUACAGGCAGGUCAUCCCUUCCAGCUGCGCUGUGCCCGCUCGGCCUACUCCCACGCCCGUCUGAGGCAGGAGGCUCCGGUCUUCCUGCUGCUGCUGGACUGCGUAUGGCAGCUGGGCCGCCAGUUUCCUCUGGCCCUGGAGCUAGGCGAGCCGCUGCUGCUGCGGCUAGCCCAGGAGGCCUAUGCCUCCGACUUUGGGACCUUCCUCUGCAACAACGAACAAGAACGAUGUCUACUUGAAGUGAAAGACAGGACACACUGCUUGUUCCAGUUCCUGUUAAGGUCCAGUGAGAGGGAGAACUACGUCAAUCCGCUGUACGAACCGACAGACCUUGCUAUCUGGCCCUCUGUGCAGCCCCAGUCACUGCACCUCUGGGCAGGGUUGUUCCAGAGGUGGACGGAUCAUACCCAGAACAUGGAGGAGGUGCGGGAGGAGAUCUUGAGCAUUGUGACACACCACAGUGGCAGGGGCUGAGAUGUACUGAACAGGCCCACGUCAUCACUGCAUCAAGUGUCUUACAGAUGCCUGCUUGAAAUAAUCAGUCUCACAAAGGACAGUGUGGAGGAAAUGCAGACUAGACAUUGAUCAAGCUUGGGGAUCAGAAGAGCUUUGGAUUAUUGACUUUUGACAGCACUUCAAACCCUGUGAAUGUGAGCACAAGUCCUUGUCACAGGCACAUACAGUAUAGUCUACAUUUGUCAAAUGAUGUAUUCUAUAUCAUAUAUAUUUCGUUAACAUAUUUUCUUUAACUGCUGUAAAUAUAUUUGAGUCUGGCUAGCCCAUAAUUAAAAUAUUUCAUAUUUUAAAAGUG